CCAGUAGGAAGAAAAUAGAAAAUGGAAGUAGUGCGAAUGUUUGAUGUACGACGCUCGACUGUUAAAGGCAAUAACUGUGAGACUGUUGGGAUACAAGUGGUACUAAUAAUUGCUUAUUAUGUUAACAGAUGGGCAAGCAAAUGAGUUAUUUUGAUUUUAUUUAAUAUUGCAAUGAGUUGUAUUUUUAUAAACAAUGGCAGACGACCAAACACCUCAACAAACACGAGUUCUCCUCGUAAAUGGACAAACUAUUAUUUUGCAAGGAGAUGCAGGGGAUAAUUCUAUAAAUGAAAUAAACGCCGAUUUAUUGCAACAGGCGUUGCAAGAAGUGUCGAAUGCAGCAGAAGAUGCAGUCGAAGAAGCCAACGAUGAAUAUAGUGCACCAGUUCCUGAGACUGAAGAUGCUAACGAAAAUUUAGUGGCAAUAUUUCAAGGGGAUCAAGGUGAAACGCAUACCUUUCAGCUGACAGUAGAACAAGCAGAGGCGUUAGGUCUGCACUUUUCAGUUGAUGACGAUGAUAAAACAAUCCAAUCCGAUAUAGCAGAAAAUGCAGCAGAAAGUGGUCUAUAUAUGUCUGAUGAACAAAAUACCCAGUUAGUAUACUCAGAUGAGGCAAAACAUAACCCUGAUGAUGUUAUGUUUGAUGAUGAAUUGGAUACAAACACAUCUUGUGCAGACAUGGCACAGAGCAGUAGUAUUGACAAUAGUGGACAGAUGUUGGAAUCAUCAGGGAAAGGAGUGGAGGCCCUCUCAGCUGUUAGCUCUCUCAUUAGUGAUGAAAACCAACCAAUAACCUUAAUACCACAAUUUGUUGAUGGUCAGAUGACAUACACAGUUAAAAUUCAAGAUGAUCACAAUGAAGGCAACAUUCUUCAGAAUAGGCAGUUUACAAACAUGGAUAGUGAGCUAAAGAGUGUACCUCCUGCAGCGAGUCUUCAACAAACAAACUUAGGGGUUACAUUAAGCAAUAAAACUAGCUUUAUCAGAACAACAAUGCCAUCAGUUAGUUCUAGUGCCUCAACAAUUGCACCAGUGUCAACUGUACAAUCUGUGUCAUUAUCUACAUCACCUGUGCUGCAACCAGUGACCUUACCAGUAUCAUCUGUGGAACAGUCUAUGUCCCUACCUAUAGCACCUGCGCAGCGACGUGUGCCAGAACCAGUAUCAUCAGUCAAACAGUCUCUGUCAGCUCCAAUAUCGUCUGUGCAACAUACUAUGUCUUUGGGCAAUUAUCAGUGCUCUAGAAUCAGUGGAUCAAACAUAUCAUUAGAGAAACAGGCCAAAGUAUCAUAUGUUAUUCUUCCUGGGAACAACACUAGUACGAAUUCUUCUGUGACUACAAAACUUAGCAACACACCACUAGAAAGGCUCUCUUCAUCAUUUGUUUCCUCCAGUAGAAACCAGUCUCUGGUUAAUUCAAACAAUUUAAUAUCUACAACUUUGAAAAAUGCAUCUUCACUUCCUGUGGUUCUGUCAACAACAAAUUCAGCAGUUCCAACACAGGUUGUUGCUGGUAAAAAUUCUAGCCCUGCAGGAAUCCCAACUGUAAGCUCAAAUACAAAUGCUUCAUCAACCAGCAUAUUGGCAUCUGUGGCAACAAGCACAUCAGCUGGUGGCAUGAUCAGAGUAGUAGCAGGAGGGUCAGCUAAUCGUACAUUACAACCUAUAAUAAACAGCAACACCAAUAAAUUUACUAGUAUCCUUGCUCCAACCUCGGGGAGGCUGAUGGCUGCUACAAGCAGUGUUACAACAACACCAAAAAUUGUUUCCAUCAAUCCAUCUUCAGUCAAUAAGACUUCCACAACUGCAACACCAGAAGUAUCAAAUAUGGUGUCAGCAGCUCUUACACGAAUGCCUGUGCCAAACUUUAAUUCAACAAAACCACUGGGAUCAAGUGAAAAUCCUAUACAGUUGGUGCAACAUGGUCAGACAUUUCACAGUGUGCAGUCCUUGACCGAAGAACAGCUGCGGCAGAUAGCAACAGUUUUGCAGCAGCAGCAUCUGGAAUCAGCUCCUCGAACCAAGAAUGUAGUUUAUGAUGCAGAGACCAACACGCGCAUCAUAUACAGGGUUGUAUAUCCUGAGGACUUGGACUUGCGAGAUCCUCGAACACUAGAUAAGGGGACAGGCUUGAAUACAAGUUUGGCUUCAAGCUCAAGUAGGGGUCGGGGACGAAGAGGGCGCCCACCCAAAACAAAUAUGAGAGGAAGUCUUGGUAGAGGCAUGGAUGGAAGUUCUGGGCGCAGGGUAGGAGUAAAUGCUAGUUCAGCUGAUAUGGACUUUGAUGAGGAUAGACUUAUUCUUGAUGAUACAGCUAAGGGUGAACGGAAAAAACAGUUAGCACGGACAAGAUCUGGACGCUUGUCUCGUCCACCUAGACAUAUGGUGAAAGACUAUAAGAGGCUGCACCAUCUUGACUUUGCUGACGCCGAUAUGGAUGAUUCUGAUGGAGGCUAUUCAGACUACCAGAUGAGUGAACAUGAGGCUGAGGAUCCACCAGAGAAGACCGACAGCAAGGAGCUGCUGCCAGGACUGGCAGUACCAAAACGCAAAAUCUCAUCACAUUUCCGAUGUCCAACGUGUCAGAAAAUAUACCUUGGAUACAACCGAAUGUCCCGACACUUUGAAAUGUAUCCAGAUCAUGGUAGUAUUGAACAACUGCACAUGCAAAAUCAAACUAGCAGCAGCAAUAACAAUAAUAAUAAUGAUAAAAGUCAAACUCCUACUACAAAUUCAGAGCCUAAUGAGGCAACAAAAGUUGGUGUUGGUGUCAGAAGUACUGGCCUCAAUGGCAUAGUUCGCACAGGUACAGGUAGACGUCGUGGCAAGAGAAGAGGUCCUUGGGCAUAUACAACCCCUGAAGCUCGUUCCCAAAGGCGUAAAGGAAAACUCCGUGAGGUAUUGGCAGCAUGUGAAGCAAGUGAACUGGCAGAGGUUGCAGGUCCUGCUGUAGCAGGUGUUCUCUCUCUCUGGGACUUAAUGUUGCUUCGAGUGGAAGCUGUAAGGGCAGAGGAGAGCUACGUUGUCACAAUGUGUGAUGAACUGCAAGCACUACUAGAGAAGGUGCGAACUGUUGUUAGUGAUAUCCUCAAGCCACUGGAUGUCAAGGUUAAGAGCAAAGAACACCAACUGGAGCUUCAGGAUGAACUGCUGUGUACAACACUUGGCGUGGCCAGUGGGACAUAUCUUGUGGAUGAUCGGAAGUUGCAGCAUUUCAUUGGCGUCACAGAACCACCUGAUGGGCAAAUAGUGAAACGCAUGAGAAUGAACACGCAGGAUGAUGUAAAAGUAGAAAAAGAAGAUAUAAAACCCAGAAGUGUGAAUGAAAAUCAUGUUAUGAUGGACGAAUGUAGUGCCAAUAGUGGUAGUACUGGUGGUAGAGAUGAUGGCCAUGUUAGCAAGAACAAAGAAACUGAAUGUCCUGAAGUUCUUUCAGCUCUCACUUUAGUUGCCAAAUCAGCCUUAGGUCACGAAUCAGAAAGGGAUCAUUCACCUAUCCCUGCUCGGACAUCAGGGGAUGAUGGUUCUAAAGUGGUAGGUGAAGUGACAAAAAGUAAAGAUUUCCUGCUCUCAAGUGAGAGCAAUGACAUGUGCGUGAAACUUGCGUCUGGAGGUGAUGGACAUGGUAUAGGUACAGGAACAAGAUUACAGCAGUUAGAUCAUUCAUCUGAAUUUGCUAACUCUGAGCAGCAAACACAGGAUCUUCAGACUGUAGAUGACAUUGUAAAUGAAAGACUAAAGAAUCUCACUGGUGGAAGCAGUUUAGUAGACUUUUCAGUGUCCGUACCCAUGAAUGUGGUAUCAACAUCCUCCAUUGAUAUUCCAAAGCCAUCCAUCGUUUCUUCACAAGAUCUGAUGGAUAGGCUUGGCCAGUUCCGGUCUCUGCAAUUACCUAAUGAUGUAACAAGUAAUGCAGUGUCAUCGUAUGAUCCAGAAAUGGCCUUGGCUGCAAUGGGUGAAGGUGGCCCAGACUCUGUUAAUACAUCAAAUCAACACUUUCCUUCUACAUUGCAGCAGAUGGAAACUGUGCCUAGUGAUUCUGGUUCUUCAUUUGAUCCUGAAGUUGCACUGGCUGCUAUGGGUGAAGGAGAACAAUCUGCAUCAGUGGAACCUCAGCAUGCCCAGUAUCAAGACAUUGAAGAUGUGCCAAAUGGCUCUACAUUCACUCCAGAAGAUGCUCUUGUGGCAAUGGGAGAAGGUGAACACAGCACUGUUGCAGAUGCAACACAUGGACAGUUUCAGAAUACCCUGCCUCAGAUAGGGGACAUCACAGAUGAUCCAAGGCCUCCAUUUGAUCCUGAAAUGACUUUGGCUGCAAUGGGAGAAGGAGAACAAGUCACAAAUGGUGGACCAACAGAAAAUCGGUUUCAGUCUGCCCUACCAGAAAUCACUAUGGAUAUAACUGGAAACACUGGAACACCAUUUGAUCCUGAUGUAGCUCUUGCUGCAAUGGGUGAAGGAGACAGAUCAUCAGCAAAUGAGAUGCAGGACCAAUUCUCCUUAGCAGGAAAUACAUCAAGUAACACAUACAGCUCAGGAAUUGAUCUUGGCGACAUUGGUGAUGGUGAAACUAACAAAUCAGUUACACAGUGUACAGGGAAUGUAACUAAUGUUUCUAGGUUUGAUCCUGACAUGGCUCUGGCGGCUAUUGGCAAAGCACAGACUAUCGCAGUCGGUGAAUCGGCGCACAUUCCUUACCAGUCCUCCUUACCACAGCCAAAUACAUCAAGUGAACCUGGCUCUUCAUUUGAUCCAGAAAUGGCAUUGGCUGCUAUAGGAGAAGGAGAAUCUGUUCAGACAUGCACAUCCUCACAGAGGGAGCAUGCAGGCUCUUUUCAGCUGCAGUGUGCUCCUGAUCUGGGACUGACUGACACAAGCAUGGAUGUGAGUCUGGAUGAGUCAGGCCCUGAACUUGACUUUGAAGCUCUUAGUGAAGAAUUCAACAGGAACACUAGACACAGAUGAUGCAGCGAAAAGGCCAGUGGAGCCCAUCCUUAAUUCAUAAUGCCAGAUCUUUACAGAGGCUGUGAGUCGGUCUCAGAGGUGAUAUUACCAUAAGUACAUCAGAGUAGAAAGUAGAUGGGCAUGAACAAAGAAAAGCUACUAGAAUAGACAAAUUCUGGGCAUGUUGUCAUUGAGACUGAUAAAGCAAAGGAUGUAAAUUUGAUAAUACAAUCAAAACACCAAAUCAGUGUGAGGUAUUUGGUCUCUCUUCCCCCCCCCCCCCA